GCAACACACUUACAUUUCACCGCCAAAAUGAGUGCAGAACCCGCGGCCAAGACAAAGCCCAACUUUGACAUUGUCGCGACCUAUCGCCAAAUCCUAAAAGAUGAUCCCGAGCUUACUAUGCCCGUCGCGGCCAUCGAGGCGCUCGUUGAAGCAAUCGCACAAAGUUCUGUGUCAACCGUCGCCGAGACUCUCGAUCUUCUCGAACGCCACACUGCCGCGCUGAAGGCUUCAAUCGCAAACCCCAUCUCCCUCUCUGCCGGUACCGACCUCUUCCAGCGCUAUCUUAUUACCACCCUCAACCGCCCCGCCAGCCUGAAUCUGGGCCCAGAAGAUGAUUUCCGCGCGAUACGAAACCACUUGCUCUCUAAUGGAAAGUUGUUUGUGGACAGAGCAAAGCAGAGUAGAGAGAAGAUAGCCAGUUUUGGCAAGCACUUCAUCCGGGACGGCGGUACUGUGCUUACAAACGGUGGCUCGCGAGUAGUGGGUGCGCUAUUGAGAAGGGCGGCUGAAUCAAGCACUCUCCGCUUCAAGGUCAUAUAUGUCUUGCCAUCUGAAAGCUCGCUCGAUUCAAAGGAGGGGUUGCAGACGGUCGCCGAUCUCCGAGAACACAAUGUACCGGUGGCCACGAUCCCAGACUCGGCAGUGGCAUACUCGUUGGGCAAGGUCGACAUGAUCAUCGUGGGCGCCGAAGGUGUUGUAGAAAACGGUGGAAUAAUAUCGCGCAUGGGAACAUACCAGUUGGGUGUGCUGGCAAAGAGCAAGGGAAAGCCAUUCUAUGUUGUGGCCGAGAGCCACAAGUUCGUCAGGCUCUAUCCGCUGAGCCAGUUCGACUUGCCAAUCGAGCAGAAAGUCUUGGACUUCAAGGUGGCAGAGGAAAACAAGGCCGAACAAAAGAUCAAGGGUGAACAAGAGCAGCGUAAUGUCUUCGACGAGGCCAUUGCUGACAUGACCGCAAAACAAGGCUCAACAGUCGCUCCGCUCGACGCACAUGACGCCGUUGAUUUCACUCCUCCAGAUCUGAUCUCUGGAAUCAUCACUGAGUCAGGUGUCCUCACUCCGUCUGCAGUCUCGGAGGAGCUGAUCAAGAUAUGGUUCUGAGCCCUCUCUGAGCACCAAACUCCUCACACGCUCCGAAUAUAUUUAAUCAGAUGAUCCUUACGCCAAGUCCAACGGCAAAGUGAAAGUUACUCACGUCAGUGUUAGGAACUACCUCGAUGUGGAAGUCUUCACUUCGCGCACUUAGCGUCCCCGCUACGACUAACGCAGCACAUGAUGAGACAUAUCACCGUGAACCAAAAACAGGGUGAAUGCCAAGACCACUUCUGUGGCUUGGGGACGGUUUGCGUAUUGGUUGGUUUGGAUCGCCACUCUGCAACAGGCUAUUAACGGCGAAACGUUAUUUUGUACAAGGUGGUAGUGGCUUAUGAUACCCAAUAGAAAUAACCAAUAAAACCGAUUUGGUAUUUCUUGGUUUUCAGGAAGAAGAUUACUUCAACAUGAGAUAUAUCGUUUUGUUGCA